UGGAACUAAAGAAUCUCGGUCACCUUUUCUCGCCGGGACGUUCAUCGCGGACGGACCACUGCAGGGCUGCAGAUAAACACUUGCCCUUAACUUGGCAUGAAACAUUGUUGAGCUACUGUCUUAUUGCAGCAAACAAACAGGGCAUUACUAAAGCACAAUGUCUCUUGCGGCAGAUGCUUUCGUGUCGCAGAUAGCAGCUGCUGAGCCGUGGCCUGAAAAUGCAACCUUGUACCAACCGCUGAAGGAGGAUCAGAUUCUGCUUUCGGACUGUGCCUCGUCUCUUGCUGUUCAGGCCUACCUCCGGAUGUGCGGCCUGCCGGUGCAGGUGGUCUGCAGAGCCAACGCGGAGUACAUGUCGCCGUCGGGUAAAAUCCCCUUCAUCCACGUUGGGAACCAGGUGGUGUCCGAGCUGGGGCCGAUAGUUCAGUUCACGAAAGCUAAGGGUCACUCCCUCAGCGACGGCCUGGACGAUGUCCAGAGGGCUGAGCUGAAGGCUUACAUGGAGCUGGUCAACAACAUGCUGCUUACAGCCGAGCUGUAUGUCCAGUGGUGUGACGACGCCACGGCCGCCGAGAUCUCGCGUCCCAGGUACAGCAGCCCGUACUCGUGGCCCCUCAGCAACAUCCUGUCCUAUCAGAGGCAGUGGGAGGUACGCAGGAAGAUGAACGCCAUCGGCUGGGGAGCGAAAAACCUGGAGCAGGUGUAUGAAGAUGUGAGUCAGUGCUGCCAGGCUCUCUCUCAGAGGCUGGGAACACAGCCCUUUUUCUUUAAUAAACAGCCCACGGAGCUGGACGCGCUGGUGUUCGGCCACCUCUUCACCAUCCUGACCACCAGGCUGACCAGCACCGAGCUGGCCGAGAGGAUCAAGAGCUACAGCAACCUGCUGUCCUUCUGCAGACGCAUCGAGCAGACCUACUUCGAAGACAAGAGCUCCUGAAGGACUGAGAACAACCUCUCUGUCGUCCCACCUUGUACAUUCUGCAUCACCUCCUCAUUCCCCCUAUUGUAGCACUGAGAGGCUGACCGCUGCCCAUCUGCACACGCCCAGAAGUCUGCGUCUCUCUCUCCCUUUUGCCUCCUGCUUGUACAUUGUUGCUUGCAGCUGUUUGGACGUCAGAGGAGCAGGUUGUGUUAAGUGUUAAGAUUUAUCUAAAAAAAAAAGUGGGAAAAACGCAAAAGUCUAUGUAAUGGCACUAAUCGCCACUCUUUUUUGGGGGGUUAAUAAAGUAAAGAAUGAUCUUUAGAGCAUGCAGCCAACACAAAAGUCAGUUUGAGGAACCUCAGCCGUUUUAGCUGAAUUGCCAAACGAGUUUUCCAGUGUGCAGACGGAGUGGUGACUGAUGUCCACAGCGGGCAGGGAUUCGAUAUCAGGGUCCAGAAUAAGUCAGAUACAUUGAUGCUUUAUGAAACAGAGGCAGAGAUAUAUUUAUUUGCUCCUUCUCCUUUCUUUGGAAACAUGUUUUUCUGGUAAAUAUUUGGAGGCAGGGUCUGGAUUCCACAGCUGUGCGGCUGACCCCCCCCCCCCCCCCCCCUCCCACACACACACACACACACACA